AGCUGCAUUGAAAUUACAAAAACAUGGAGCAGCCUCAGCCCCAACUCGCAACUGUACUAUAAUACUAUCUCCACCUCAUCAAAUUCCGAAACAAGAAUAAAAAGAAAAAGAAAAAGGCUGAUGAAGUCACAAAAGUCUCCUACGAUCAUGUCGCUCUAGUCUCUCCCACAGAGAAACCAUACCAUAAUGGAAGAUUAACAAAGACCGCACGGGAAGUGGCGCAGAAAACACAAAUGGAAAACUAUUCAUACCAAUCAUACCCAGACUCAGGCGAGUCCUCUCCACGCUCUAGAGAGAUCGACUUCGAAAACCCUCCACCAUGGGACGAUCAAAACUACAAAGCAAAGUUCAUGUGCAGCUACGGCGGAAAGAUCCAACCACGCUCCCACGACAACCAACUCUCCUACGUCGCCGGCGAAACCAAAAUUCUCGCCGUCGAUCGCAACAUCAAGUUCGCCACCAUGCUCUCCAAACUCGCCGCUCUCUGCGACGCCACUCCCCAAGACCUCACCUUCAAGUACCAGCUCCCUGGUGAAGACCUCGACGCUCUCAUCUCCGUCACCAACGACGACGACCUUGACCACAUGAUGCACGAGUACGAUCGUCUCUACCGCGCUUCCGCUAGACCCGCCCGCAUGCGAUUAUUUCUCUUUCUCAACGAUGCUCUCUCUUCUCCUCCAUCUUCUGCCACACCCGACCCGGUUAAACCCAACAACGUCGAUUUUCUCUUUGGUUUAGACAAGAGCGUCGCCGCGGCUGCUCCGCCGCCUCAGCCUCCGCCGCAGGCUGUCAAAUUUCAUGAUCCGGUGCCGGAAACCGUGCCGCCGCUGCCGGAGUACCAGUCACGGGUGAACCCUGCUGAUCGGGUCACGGGUUCGGAUCCGAACGUGAACCACCCUCUCGAGAUUCAGAGGCAGUUGCAGCAGGAGUUGCAGCGGUUGCAACUUGCGGAAAACGAGCAAGUUGCGUAUCGGAGGAAGAGUGAAAACGGUGUCGUCGGAAAUUAUCCCGCUGGAGAUUAUUACGUUCAGAAGAUGCCUGAGAAAUUUCCCCCGUCGAGUUUUCCGGCCAGCGCGCCGCCACCGUAUUGGCCUGAAAAGCAUGUUUCCGGCGAGGGUUAUCCGCCGGCGGUGUCGGCUGCUUCCGGAGGAGGGGAGCCGCCGGUUUACAUGAUUCCUGCGCCGGGAACGUUCUAUCAUGCGCCGGUGGUGCGUCCCGCGGCCACUCAGGGGUAUUACACGGUGCAACGAAUGCCUUCUGAUGCUUACCGUGAAGCGCCGAUGUACGGUGGCGUGCCACCCCCUAAAGCGCCGUUUUCGUCGGCCGUUCCGGCGAGCUUUGCACCGGCGCAGCCGGUUAAGGCUCCCGCGUAUACAGAAGGGUUCAGUGUGGUUCGGUCAGCUGGGAUACCGGAUAAUACAUCCUCUCCAUAUGCGCAGGUGGCGUACGAUAGUGCAACUGGGAGACAGGUUUACUAUACUGCGCCGGGCGGCGUAGUGCACGCUCCGCCGUACCAAGGGGUUGUUCAGCCCGUCACCGCGGAUAUGAGACCCGCUGGGGUGCCGUUGGGUCAGGAUGGUAAAGGCAUAAGCAAGGUUACUCAAGGUUCAGUGUGAUUAAGAUUAUUGUUAUGUUAAUUUUAAAUUAUUACGCCCAAUAUGCUUUAUUUUCCGAUGUUCCUAAUCCUAUUUAUAUAAUAGGAAUAUUGUUAGCUCUUGGUCUUUCACUUGCUGUUGUUGUACACAAAGUCGAUUAUGGUUAUACUGUGGUUAUGUGUAGAUCCCUCUCUAUGCUAAUGCAACUUAUAACUUG